GUUUCUGAGUUUGUGUGCACCUUCCGUCGGUUUGAGAUCGCCACUGCGAACAGAGCGGAUAACAAAUGCGUUAAAUACCAAAAUAUAUUUCGAAAAUCGAAGAAAGAAACACAAGUUGGUUGCAACAACAUUUCUGAAAUGCCACACAGAAAAUGCAAGUAAAGUUCAUGUUUAAAAAACAAAACCAAAUGAAAGUGAAACUAAAGUGCAUGAGAAAUUUAUUUAAUAACUGAUUUUGUUUUAAAAAUCGACUUGGAAAAUAAUGAAUACAAAUUUUGAAUUGCAACCAGAUGAAGCAAAAUAAUGAAUAAAAUGCCCCAGUGCCAAAAGUAAAAAUUAAUUCAACGUAAAUUUAAUGAAAAUACAACAACAAAAUUGAAAACAACAUUUUGUUCAAAAAAAUCGAAUAAAAUUGAAAUUGUCGCCGUAAUCGCCGACAAAAGUGCAAUACAAAAAAAUAAAAUACAUACACACACAUGCUUAUAGCAAUUUAUUUAUUAUAACAAAAAUUACAUAUUAUUAAUCAAUAAUACACAUAUCAAAGCCAUAACCAACAACCACAACAACAACAACAACAACAACACAACAACAAGAAAUUAUUGUACCUCAAAAAGUGCUGUAAAAAGUGAAAAAAAACAAGAAAGAAAGAAGAAAAAAAUUGUAACUCGGCUUUUGUUGCAUUUUUUUUGCUGUGUAAUUUAUUUUUGUUUAUGCGGCACAUUUUGCAUGCAAUCAAAAAUCAAAAAUUAAAUAUAUUUUAUACACACACACACACACAUGCACGUACACAUGAGAGUUUACACGCAUCUAUAAAUUUUUAUUUCCGUUUGGAUUUUUGAUACUUCGCCGUGCGCUCAAUGUACAACGUUUCCAGACGGCAACAUACAAAAGCACAAACCCAUGUUGGAUUAUAAUUUAUACCCUUAAAUUUGGGGACUACAAUGCGGCCAGAAAUAUACAAUGUUACUACAGUUCAUGCUGCUCAAUGCCAGGAUUAUUUUUAUACUGAUGGUAAUGCUUGCUCUUGUAACGACAACAUGUGCAAAAGCCGACGAAUUCAUACUAACACUCAAGACCCACAACAAUCGGGCGCUGCACAUCAAUGCCCAGGGCAGAGUGUCGGCAGAAGAUAUAUCACUGGCACAAUCCUUCAAAAUGGAAGGUGUUGGCGAUGUUUUCGACGAGGAUUUCAAAAUCAGCAUCUACGCCAAGGAUGUGGACUAUUACUUGUGCUUCGCCCAAGGCAAACUUGUUGGAAAGAGAAACGUCACAAACGAUUGCCACUUCAAAGAGACAAUGGAUCGGGGCUAUUACCAAUACACCAAUGCCUACAAUCCACAGCUGAGAGUGGGCAUCAAGCGCAAUUCUCGGCCCUAUGGGCCUAGGGAUCAGCUGAAGCCGAGGCGGUUGCGAAAUGUUUGCUUCCUGUUCAACCUUGUGAAUGCCAAAGACUUUCGCAGCAAUUUGGACGCCUGGGCGAGGAGCAGUAGCAGCAGUACAACAACGAGCACCACAACAACAACCACAACAACAACAACAACAACAACAUCGACAACCACAUCGACUACAACAACAACGCCCAGUCCAAUGGUCGAGGCAGCGACAAAGCGAGCACGUGGCAAGCACCAGAGUCGCGUGCAGCCAGCAACAACAAAAAGAAUAACAGCAACAAGUAUUAAUAGCGAUAGUUCUUCUACCCACAACAACCACAACCACAACAGCAACAGCAACAGCAACAACAACAACAAUAGCCUUAAGUCCUACAACCAAGCCAACAGCGAUGCGCUGCGUGAGCAACAGAUUAUGAAACACAAUAAGGAGCAUCAGCAGCGCAUGCAACGCGUGCAACAUCGCCAGCGACAGAAGCAAUCGCAUCGCCAGAAUCAAAAGCAGAAACAACGACUGCGUCUGAGCAACGCCAGCUCCAAUGCUGCUGGUGCGAUGCAGAAGCCGCAGCCCAAGAAUUUGAUGGUGCGUCACCAUCACAACAAUGCAACGUUGCAGGAGCAACGACGCCGCCGACGCAUGCAACGCCGUCGGCAGCAGCAGCACCACCAACGGGAGGAAGAGGGAGAGGAACAACAGCAGCGGCGGCAACAAUCAGCUGAGCAAUUGCCAACAGCGUCGUCCUCCUCCUCGUCCUCGUACACGGCAACAGCAGCAUCGACGGCGCUGACAGCAACCGUUACGCUGGCGCCAUCGGCGCUCAAUCUGUUUGCCAUGCUGGCGGCGAGUCGACGCAAGCGGGGACGCCGAAAACGUGCCACGUCCGGUGGCAGCAACGGAGGCGGUGCUGACAUGGAUAUGCAGCUGGUGGAGCAGACAUCCCAGCAGCAACAGCAACAGCAGCAGCAGCAGGAUGUUGUCGAUGCUGAGCUACACAAUGAAUACUCAAAAGCCUAUGUUAAUAGUAAUUUAAAGUUAAUGCAAAAACAAAUACUACAUUUAAAUAGUAAUAGCCCUAAUGUUAAUAAUGCAAUACCUGCCUUGCCAAAAAACUACAACUACUUGUACAGUAACGAGCAUUAUAAUAUGAAUACUAAAAGUAGCACGACUGAUUCUAGUAGUUUAGACACUAGCCCUAAGUUCGAUAGUCCAAAUAGCCAUAGCCAUAGCCAUAGCCAUAGCGAUAGUGAUAGCCAUAGCGAUAACGAUAACGAUAGCCAUAACGAUAGCCAUAGCGAUAGCCAGUUGAGAGAGUCGAGGGAGUCGUUCAAUUUCGAAGAGAACAUUGACAAUAAUCUUAAGGAGCAAGUGAAUAACGAUCGAAUUGAAGCUGCCACGGUGGCAGCAACUGAUGAUGAUGAUGUUGUUCUUCUUGUUGUUGCCACAAAUCGCAAUCAUAUUGAUGCUAAUAAUAUAAACGACGAUCGACAAGGCAACAAUAGGAAUGAUAACAACAACAACAACAACAACAACAACAAUAAUAAUAAUAUUCAAACUAGUAGUGAUGAAAGCCAGCAAGAAGAAGAUCAGCUGCAGAGUUCCUUAACUGGUUUUCAACUGCAGCAACAGCAACAGCAACAGUUGCAACAACAGCAACAGCAGCAGCAGCAACAACAACAACCUAAUAUUAUUAAUUUAAAUGCAAAUAUUAAUGUUGUUAACGAUGAUAACGAUGAUCAUCGUAAUCACAAUAGUAAUUAUAAUGAGCAAUUUGCGAAUGACGAUGAAACGAUACGAAUUCAAAAUAAAUAUGAAACACAUAUAGUACAAUACAAACCUGACGUAUUCAUUUGAAAACAACAAUUGGGA